AAGCGUCAGUGCUGCUCAGCUUCUCGUUCAAAGUGACAGCGUGGUUGUCAAUGCCGGCUUUUAUCUUUCCCGCGCCAAAUAUUACACGUUGGUGACAUUACUCGGAUCUCCUCGCGGAACACACAGUGCUUGCAUUUGCGAUGUGUUGACUAGUGAAAACAUUAAUUCUCACGUGUAGUUUCGACGAAGUUUUGUUGUUCGCGUGCCCAUGCUGUCUCCGACUCCUAUGAGUGUUGUGACAGAUCAUCGCAACAGGGCGCGCAUUUUCCAGCACAUGGAUCAAACCCCUAGAAAGGAGUUACCAUUACGAAUGAGACUACUCGGAACAGGCCGGGAGCGACUGCCCUCGCUGUCCAGCAGCGACGACCAGGACUCGGGCUCGGACGGCGAGCACGACCCGCGCUCCUGCCCCCGGCGCGUCGCCUCCAGGCCCGGGGGCGGCGGCGGCACGCCGGCCGCCAGGAAGCGGCGCGGCAACCUGCCCAAGCAGUCCGUCAAGAUCCUCAAGCACUGGCUGUACGUGCACCGCUACCGCGCCUACCCCAGCGACGCCGAGAAGGUGGCGCUGUCCCAGGAGACCAACCUCACCAGCCUGCAGGUGUCCAACUGGUUCAUCAACGCCCGGCGGCGCAUCCUGCCGCAGAUGAUCCGGCGAGAGGGCCACGACCCGCAGCAGUUCACCAUCUCGCGGCGCGGCAAGAAGUCCCCGCGCAGCGGCGGGGUGCAGGCCCCGCGGGGGGCGGUCCCGCAGCGCCGCGGCUCCUCCGUGCCCGACCACGACUACGAGGACGCCAGCUACCGCAGCGAGGAGGACAGCGCCGGCUACGACAGCUCGCUGAGCGAGGCGUCGUGCCGCGCCGCCGCGCCCUGGAGCAGCGUCAUCGUGUGUCGCUACGGCUGCCUGCAGGGCUGCGGCGCGCACGGCCGUCAGGCGGGGGAUGAAGGCUUGUUCCCUUCGGGUGGCGUGCUCACCCACCCGGAGACCAGCUACUGGAACGGGCCGCUGACGGCGUGUGCCGCGGAGGUUGAGGUGGCGGGGGCGGGGCCUCACAAGUACUCGAGGAUGCAUGCCCAGGAGACGCCGCCCCCCACGCCCCCCCAGGAGGGCGACAAGGAGAAGUUCGAGUGCCUGUACCUGCUCGUCGAGGCGGCUGUCGCCAGGCAGCAGGAGAAGGAACGAGAGCAGCAGGGCCUCUCCAUAUCCGUAUAGCACCCUCCUCCUUCCGCGUAGUCCCGGCGUAACACUUGUGCUUCCACGUAUUUACCGAUGUGUCUCAUCGAACAGCUUGUGCCUACGAAGCUGGGCAUGAACACACGUGAAAACAUAUUUGCUCAAAAAACUCAGUGAAGUGAACGAUAAAAACUACCGUUGACGAACAAGUGUCGAUACUUCUGAUAAUGAUAGUGAUCAUAGUGCAUUAUGCAAUGAAAGUGUCUGUGGACGUUAACUUGGGCGUUGACGCACGAUCGAUGACUUUGCUCAAAAACCACUAAAUGCUCAAGCAGCCUUUCACGUUGCCUCAUGUUUCUGUGUGACGUAGCCAUAUUAACAGUUUUAUUUCCCCCUUUUUAAUUUUUAAAAUAUAAUGCCAAGAACAUUGUGUCGUAAAAAUUAAUCAUAGGUACAAACAUAUCAGUUUAUUUCAUGAUAAAGCUAGCAAUCAAAGAGACUCAAUACUGUGUUGAAAGAAGUCACUGCCAGACCUGACGUGCCUUGAAAAGUCAUUAGUAUUACACCCUAGUGACAAGAUUAUGUUUUACUGUAGUACAAAAAUGUUUAAAUGAGUAAGUUGUAGAUAAGAUGUUUAAAGUUGUGAAUUGUGUGUAUUUUAUGUAGCUGCAGUUGAACACUGUCACUGUUUGUGUUAGUAACAAGGUAGGAUAUUUUUUUUAAAAUAAGUCAUAACAAAGUUAUAUCCAAAUAAUUUUAUAAGCACUCUUUUUUUUUGUUCCAAGAAAAUUAAGAUCCAAUUGAUCCAAGCAAAAUGUACAAGCAAAAAUAAGUUUUCCUAUCUUAAGUACAAUUUGGCAGAUAUGAUCAUUUUUUAAUGUAAGCAAUACUUUUAUUAUUAUCUUUGUUUGUGUUAAUUUUGACAAUGCAUUUAUUACAAUGCAGAUAAUUUUAUUUUAAAAAUAUUCAAUGCUUUAAAUUUUUUUUAAAAUCCUAAAAGUUCAGUUAGGUCUUUAUAUAUAUAUAUAUUUUUUUUUUUGUUUAUUGUGCUUACAAAUUUGAAUGUUCACAGCUAGACACAUGUCUUCUGUGUAUGCUCAACAUUGGUGAAUUUACAAGAUCAUUUUUUUUAUAUAUAUAUGGAUCAAGUAUAUAUACUUUUGGCAUUAUGUCUGGCAAACAAUUUGAAUUGUAGACAAUUUGCUUGCUGAUAUAUUGUGCUGUGAAGGAUACAUAUCUUGCAGAAAUGAAGCAAUGGUUCAGAUUACUUGCAUAAGUAGUAUUGUAAGUAACCAUGUUUGAUGGCAUCCUCUGUGCUUAGAUCAUCAAACAUCGUGUGGAAUAAAGAAUUUAGUCACCAGUUUUUAAAA